AUGGACACCCCUAUCCGCCGAGUCAUAACGGGAAGCGACCCGAGAGGCCAGGGGUACUUCGAAUCCGACAAGAUCCUAACCCCCUACGACCCAAAUACCGCUCCUGCAUUCUCAAUUCCUAGUCCCAACGCAGCGUUCGGGGUCGUCCAGAUCCAUCGUUCGCGAGGCUUCCCUGUUGACAACCAACGCCCACUACCCGACCCACACAAGACUCUUGUUCCUCUGGCUGAUAGCAAAGGCCCAUCCUGUCGCAUCCUGUACCUGCCCCCUGCGGAGUCGGGAUGGUUCCACCGCACCUUGAGCUUGGAUUACGCUGUCAUCCUAUCUGGCACUGUUGGAUUCAUCACAGACGGAGGCAAGGAAAAAACCUUGAAACAGCACGAUGUAAUUGUCUGCCGAGGUGUCAACCACGAGUGGGUCAACCGGGGUCAUGAUGCAGCGCAGGUCUUUGUGGUAGUUGUGCCUAGCAAGGCCAUUGUCACCGAAGACGGGGUACAUUUGGAAAAAACACCGGCGGGCGAUAUCUAUGACCCCAAGGAGGAAGAGAUCUGA